AUGACUCUGUCUCCUCCCGCUACACCAGGCUCUGGUGGCAGAGCUUGGGUCACUCUCAUCACCAAUCCAUCCUAUGUCGCUGGUCUCCUCGCGCUUCAUCGAACGAUCUCUUCACUAUCCGACUACCCACUUUUGGUCAUGACAACCCCUUCACUCCCUGAAUCAUACCAAACAUUUCUAAAGUCCUACGGCUUCACACUCAUCCCCGUCUCUCAUCUCUCUCCCUCCACAUCGCAACACGCCGGGUUCAACCCGGAUAUGGCGAGAUUGAACGAUGCCUGGACAAAGUUGCAGGUGUUUGGGCUGGUGGAAUAUGACAAGGUGAUCUUGAUCGAUGCGGACAUGAUCUUCUUGAAGGAUAUGGACGAGCUGUUCGAUCUGGAGUUGCCGGGGAGAGAUUGGAUCGGAGCAGCACCGGCUUGUGUCUGUAACCCUCUCAAUCUCGAGCACUACCCGAAAGACUGGCAAGUACAGCCCGCCUCCCUAUAUACCAUAUUGACUCUUCUCAGGGUUCCCGAAAACUGCAGUCUCUCGCAUCAACAAUCUCCAACCCCUCUCCUCUCUCCCGAAAUACCGUCCCUCGACGCACCCCGUACCGCCCAUCUCCUCAACUCUGGCCUCGUCGUCCUCUACCCGUCCACCACCCUCCUCGAUUCUCUCGUCUCCUUCCUCGAGACAUCACCCACCGUCGCUCAAGCUCUCUUUGCGGACCAAGACGUCAUUGCCGAGGCGUUCAAGGGCCGAUGGAGGCCGUUGCCUUGGUGGUGCAAUGCGCUCAAGACGUUACGGGGAGCGCACAAGGCGUUGUGGAAAGACGAGCAAGUCGCGAAUAUACAUUACAUUAUCGACAAGCCAUGGGCGGCACGCCCCGCAUCCCUCCCUCCCCAUCGCCCCUCUUCCACCAUGCCUUCGCCCGAUCUGCCCCCUUCCCCCGCCUCGGUCGAGUCUACGCAUGAAUGUCCGCCCUCCUACGCUUACCUCAAAUCGGCACUCACCAAGCGCCGCGCACUACCGCCCGCCUUGCUCGAGAUAGUGCGCAAUACACCCGAGCAAGAGAGCUUGACGGAUUAUGGAGAGGUACACAAGUGGUGGUGGGUGGUCUAUGAAGAUGUACUGGAGGAGAUGAAGACCAAGGGGGUCGAGUGGGAGAUGGUUGAUGGAUGGGUCACGCGGUAG